CAAUCAGCACCGUCUUAUACUUCUUACACAGUGCCUGUAUUGGUAGAGAGCAUCAGUGUGGGCAUACUUAGGAAGAAGGAGCUAAGACUGCACUGGCACAUAAGGUUUUUUUUCUUUACUGUCCAGAGUAUAAUAUAGAAAGUGAACUAGAAUGGGAUUUAAUGACCUCCUAGAAAUUGUUGGGGGGCUAGGGAGAUUUCAGGUGAUCAACACUACUGUGCUUCUGAUCCCCAUGUUAUUUAUGGCCUGUCAUAGCUUUCUCCAAAAUUUUUCUGCUGCAAUACCGACCCACCGCUGUUGGAUACCAGGUGUGGAUAAUUCUACAAUUACUUAUAACCAAAGUCACUUGGCUGCCUUCAUACCACUGGAUGAGGAUCAAAAUGCCAAGAGCUGCAUGCGGUUCACAAAUUUGGAACCUUUUUCCUGGACAAACGGUACUUUCAAGAAGGACAAAGAAGUUUGUAAAGAUGGCUGGGUCUAUGAUAGGAGUGUCUUCUCUUCCACUAUCGUCACUGAGUGGGAUCUAGUCUGUAACCAUCGUAAAAUGAGGCAGAUCGCCCAAUCAAUUUACAUGGCCGGGGUGUUGGCUGGAGCUUUCGUGCUUGGGAGUUUGUCUGACAGGUUUGGACGUAAAUCCAUUCUGACCAGUUCGUGCCUGAUGAUGGCUGUAUCUGGCACAUGUGCAGCCUUUCUUCCCGGUUUUGUGACUUACUGUGUCUUCCGGUGCUUGAGCGGGAUGGCUUUCUCUGGAAUUGUUCUCAAUACCAUCUCUUUGAAUCUAGAAUGGACGGCACCCAAAGGACGAACUUUGGUUGGUACGCUGUUUGCUUAUGGUUUUACAUGCGGACAGCUGAUUUUGGCAGGAAUUGCAUAUGGGAUUCGAGACUGGCGAUGGCUUCAGUUUAGUGUUUCUGCACCAUAUUACAUCUUCUUCUUAACUUCAUGGUGUGUUCCCGAAUCUGCCCGCUGGCUAAUCAUAAAUGGCCGUACCCAUCAGGCACUUAGAAAUCUGCAAAGAGUAGCUUGGAUUAAUGGAAAGAGAGAAGAGGGGGAAAAGCUUUCAGAGAAGGUUCUUAUUUCUCACAUGCAGUCUGAGUUAAAUAAUAUGAAGCAGGAGCAUUCACCUCUGGACUUAUUCCGCACUGCCGGGAUGCGCAAAGUCACAAUUUGUCUUAUGUUGGUCUGGUUUUCCACUAGUUUUGUAUUUUAUGGACUUGGCAUGGACUUGCAGAAUUUUGGUGUUGAUAUUUUCCUGCUGCAGUUUGUCUUUGGAUGCAUUGAUUUACCAUCUAAGCUGGCAGGUGCCAUCCUAAUGAGCUACACUGGGCGACGAGUGACGCAGGCUGCUUCUCUGAUGCUGGCUGGUGUCGCAGUGCUAUGUAAUGCUUUUAUACCUAAAGAGAUGAGGAUGGCGCGGUUGGUGUUGGCCGUUCUUGGCAAAGGUUCCGUGGCUUCAUCAUUUUGCUGUGCUUACAUAUACUCUAGUGAGCUGUUCCCUACUGUUAUCAGGCAGAGUGGCAUGGGAGUUGUUGGUAUGAAAGCUCGCUUGGGCUCGCUUGUUGCCCCCUUGGUGCUGAUGCUGUCAGAGAUCUCUCCUAUAUUACCCCCCGCUAUCUAUGGUGUUGCUGCUAUUAUAUCUGGGACUGCUGCAAUAUUUUUAAGUGAAACGUCUAACCAACAGUUGCCAGAUACUAUAGAAGAAGUGGAAGCCAGGUCUAAAAAGAGAGAAUUACAAAAUGCCAUCCAUAAAGAGGAGGUGCCCCUUACCCAGAGCCAGACUCUAUCUCACACACAAAAAAGACUCCUGAUAGACACUGUGUAAUUAUUCCUAUGCUUAGAUGAGCCAAGCGAUUGUUCUACAUGGAUUUACUUUAAAGGCUAUGGACACUGUAAAAGGGAAUAUUAACUAUUAAUAUUUUGGAUUAAUAUCAAUAAUUCAUAUUUAUAAAUAGACAUAAAUCAUCUUUUGUUGAUUCCGCCUAUUUAUUCUUUAUCCUACCUGUUGCUCUACCUUUUCCUGAACUACGUGCGUUGAAUUGCAACGGCGACAAAAGACUAUAAACUGUGCCUGAACAAUAAAGUAUUAAACAA